CUGAGAGCUGCUUGGAUAGCUAAGCUGGAAAGACGUGGGGGUGCUUAUCCCUGCGUGGAAACGCUUGCCAAUGCUUUCCCAUUUGGACCCAGACUCCAGAUCGGGAGUAGUCUUAUAGCUGAAUCAGCUACCAAGAGAAGUUCUAAAGCAAGAAGAGAAAAGCACUUCAAUUUGGGACAUUUAUUUGCAGCUGGAAAUGGGGAAUGGGCUAUCAGACCAGACUUCUAUCCUGUCCAACCUGCCUUCAUUUCAGUCCUUCCACAUUGUUAUUCUGGGUUUGGACUGUGCUGGAAAGACAACUGUCUUACACAGGCUGCAGUUCAAUGAAUUUGUAAAUACCGUACCUACCAAAGGAUUUAACACUGAGAAAAUUAAGGUAACCUUGGGAAAUUCUGAAACAGUCACGUUUCACUUCUGGGAUGUAGGUGGUCAGGAGAAGUUAAGGCCACUGUGGAAGUCAUAUACCAGAUGCACAGAUGGCAUUGUAUUUGUUGUGGACUCUGUUGAUGUCAAAAGGAUGGAAGAAGCCAAAACUGAACUUCACAAAAUAACUAGGAUAUCAGAAAAUCAAGGAGUCCCUGUACUUAUAGUUGCUAACAAACAAGACUUGAGGAACUCAUUGUCUCUUUCAGAAAUUGAGAAAUUGUUAGCAAUGGGUGAACUGAGCUCAUCAACUCCUUGGCAUUUGCAGCCUACCUGUGCAAUCAUAGGAGAUGGCCUAAAGGAAGGACUUGAGAAACUACAUGAUAUGAUCAUUAAAAGAAGAAAAAUGUUGCGGCAACAGAAAAAGAAAAGAUGGAUAUCAAUACCUAUUAUAUCUGUGUGGAGUAGGUUUUCUCUGGUCUGAUUUUGACAAAUAGAAGAGUGUCUACAACCUGGUUUGCCUGUCUGCCCUCGUGGAUGCUAUUAAAGCUUUGUUUUGUUGAACAAUCAGAUGCCCAACUCUGUUGCCUUGUGGAAGAUGAGUAAAUGCAGUGCUUCUUAAAGUGGUCUCUUCUCCCUACCCCACAAAUCUUUUGGUACUAGCAUUUGGGGAAGCCAAGCAAGGAUAGGAAAUUGACCAGAACACACUUGUGGAAAUUUGGCCUGAAGUUAGUGAAAUAAAACUUUCAAGAGUGAAAAAAAA